UAAAAUUUAAAGUUUUCAAAAUAAUAAUGAAGAGUGGCAUGACUAAUAUAAUCAAACUUUCAUCAAUUCUUCUGAUUGGACUAAUAACAACACAAGUCAUUGCAGAUGAUUUAUGCUAUUUGUCUCAGAAAUAAAUCAGAAAAGGCUUUCCCUUCAUUAAUAAAAUGCUACAAGAGCAAUUCAGACUCUUGCUGAGUUUCUGCCCAUGAUAGUGAAAUAGGUAGUGAAAUUGAUAGUUUCUUGUCCUCUUCUUGUGUGAGAAGAUUUGCUGAGAUAGAGUUCUACUUCUGUUAUGGUUGCCAUUACACUGAGCCAAAAUCAACAAACUCAACUGCUAAUACGAUCACUCUCUGCAAAUCUUUUGUUGAAAGACUCUGGGGCAGUGAUAUCAACUCACCUACAGAAAAGUUUGAUCACUGUGGGUUCAAAGUCGGUAGCAAUAUUGAAAUUCCAAGCAAGAAAUGGGCCAGUGCAAGUGCGUUCUUUGCAGAUGUGUUGCCACCUCUGUUCAGCGGGUUCAGCAUCCAGAUUGCAGACGAUGAUAAGAACUGUUUCAAUACUGCCCCUGGGCACACACUGGUAGCUCUGGGAGUUGCUUUGGUUGCGUAUUUGACGGUGUAGAGACUG